CACUCGCAAACAAUGGCUUCAAGCGACGCUCUAGAGCGCGAAGAGCGCCUCAAAUCCGCGCUCUGGUACUCCAUCGGCCAAUUCGUCGACGAAGAAUGCUUCAACAACAACCUGAACGCAACACCGCAAUUCAUCGGCGCACUGACCGAACUAGUCUACACGCAAAUCGCAAAUUCCGCCCGCGAUCUCGAAGUCUUCUCCAAGCACGCCGGCCGCAAAGUCAUAAACGCUGACGACGUCAUGCUUCUCGCGCGCCGGAACGAAGCCCUCGAAAGCAUUCUGAAGCAGGAACUAGAUGAGAUGAAGGCGGCAGAGGGACGGAGCGAACCGCAGAAUCAACCGAAGAAAAGGGGCCGGCCUUCUGGCGCAGGAGCAGGACCUGGAAAGGGGAAGGGCAAGGCGAAGCAGUAAGGUGGUGAUGCCAUGUAUCAUGGCACAUUCAUGGGGCGUUUGGGCGUUCGGCAAUAUACCCAGCUGUUAUGAUACUUAGUGGACGAUUAUGUGGGUAGGCUUCUGGAGGGAGUCUUCAUUAUUCAGCCUGAGAGCACGAUCGUGAGUACCAACAUAUCACAGUGCAUGGGAUGUGCCAAGAUCGAAUUGAUACAAAUCAUGAUUAGGUAUUAGGUUCG